CUUUCCGAUUGUUACCAGACUGGGUCAGCUGCUGUCUAAAGGCUGGAAUCGCCCUCUUUGCUUAGAUGUAUGCAUUCAUAUACACUCUUCUCCUCCUAAUCCACCGGACAACCCCGCUUAUGACCAAGGCUCGAGACAACAUUUACUACCCGACCUGUCUCAAGAUGCAUCUGGUAUUCGACUUUGAUGGCACAAUCACCCAAGAAGAUUCUAUCGGGGAGCUUGCUCGCUCAGCUCUCGAGAUACAGAGGAAUAAAUAUGGCCAUGACCUCCAGACUUCUUGGGACCAAGUGGUGCAAUCCUAUGUUGCCGAUUACAGACACUACAAAGACAACCAUCCAUCACCAGAGGUUACUCGAACAUCUGUGGAUCAUGAGAUCGAAUUCCUAUCAGGAAUGAAAGAUGUGGAAGAGACGUCUCUACGACGCAUUGCUGACUCACGCAUCUUUGCUGGUCUAGACGCUGAGACGUUGUCGCAAGCUGGCGCUGACGCUGUCAAGGCCGGCAGAAUUAAGAUCAGAGAUGGAUUUACGGAUCUUAUAACCCUUGCAAGACAGAGGGGUUGGGAUGUCAGUGUCAUAUCGGUCAAUUGGUCCCGGGCCUUUCUACGAGGCGCUCUUUUACCGCAUAGAAUUGAGGUUAUCGCCAACGAACCGGCUUCAGAUGGAACAAUAAAAGGACCAGAAUUCUUCGAGGGGAGAAUGACCAAUGUGUGCGAGAAGAAGAAAGCUUUGAAACACAUCAUCAGCGAGAAGGACGGGGAGGUGAUUUAUUUUGGGGACUCGACCACGGAUAUGCAGUGCCUGCUUACAGGAGGAGUAGUCAUAUCGGACAACGAGGAGUCCCCCUUGCUAAAGACUUUGAAAAGGGUCGGCGUUGAAGUGCCACAUAUUGGAGAGAAGAGAAAUGGUCAAAUAUCCUGGGCGAGGAACUUUCGAGAAGUACUGGAUAGUGGCUUGUUAGAAGCCUGA